UGCCCCCUGUCAGUGCUCAUCAGUGCCACAUCAAUGCCACCCAUUAGUGGCAGUCAGUGCCACCUAUCAGUGCUGCCAGUCAGUGUCACCUAUCAGUGCGCAUCAGUGCCGCCUAACAGUGCCAGUCAGUUUGCCUAUCAGUGCCAGUCAGUGCUGCCUAUCAGUGUCAUGUAUCAGUGCUGGCUUUCAGUGCCCAUCAGUGAUGCCUGUCAAUGCCCAUCAGUGCAACCUACCAGUGCCUCCUCAUGAGUGCCACCUAUCAGUGUCCAUCACUGCAGCCUCAUUAGCGCACAUCAGUGAAG